AAAAAUAACACUCGGGGGAGUACAGACUUGAAGCAGGCCUACUUUUGUCAGUAACAAUAACUAGGCCUGUUUUUUUUUUUUUUUAACUAAGAGUAGCCGUCUGGGAGGUCGUGACGCUUUACCAAUACUCCGCUAACCUGGUCUAAGAAUGCGGCUUUUCAGGUGAAGCGAGUAACCAAAGCAAAAGCUGAGCUCAGUGGGUCUGUAUGUAGUAGCAUUAGCAUAGGAGUUAGCAGCCAGAAAUCUCAGCGCAGACUCCGUUACCUUGUCAACUAACACCAACUGAAACUGCCUCCUAACAACGAGGAAACACAAGCCGCCAUACUCGAGUUGCUGUGGGUGCAAAGGCUACUUCACCAGCUGCUCGGGUGUCCAUUAAAACCUCAGUUUGUUGACUUGAACCUCAGAUGAUGAAAAGCAAUGUCGACUGAUAUUACAUCAUACAUAAGCUUGGGAGACAAAGGACAUACCAUUUGUGUGUUACCCGACAUCUCCUGCGACCAGCUGAAGGAUGAUUUAGACCUGAAUAAGUCCUUCCCAGGUACUCAGACACCGAGCAACAGCAAAGGUUUUGUUGCUUUGCGACGUCGCGAUUAUCCUGAUUUCAUUACAGGUGAGCCUUUGGAUGUUUGCACUGCAAUGGCAACAAAAAAACAUUGUUUACUUCCUGGCCCCCAAGUUUCUGUUGACUCCUUUCCAAAUUCUUCCACUGAAUCUGAGGAAAGUUUCAUCAAUCUGGUUAUUUCUGGAGACUUUGCUCUGUCAGAACAUCCAUCUGCCAUCAACCCUAACAAAAUUGUUCUUGUCGUCUCCCACAAAACAACUGAGAUUUUAUCAGCGAAUGACCAGGCGCCCAAACUGUUUGAAUGUUCCACUGAGAAUCUGGUUGGAAAGAAGUUGUCUUCUGUCUUAAAGAAAACGACUCAAGUUUUGGAAGAAUCACUGGAAGAAGAUUAUCAGCUUGCAGACUGGAACUGUUGCUGUUGUGUCUGGAAAAGUGGUGGAUGCCGUGACAUUAUCUGGAGAGGUACCAGUAUCAGUGUGUACCCACAGGCAGUCAGAAAAUGAAGACCACUGGCUUAUUAUGAUGGAAUGUGUGGAGAGGAUAUCCUCCUUUGUGUCCUUUUCCCAAGAUGGCUCUAUCCUAAGCUGUGACUUGGCGUUUGCUUGUCUCCAUGGAUAUCAUAACCCCGAGGAGCUGAAAGGAGUGUCUGUAAAGGAGUUAAUCCCAUCUUUACAAAUCCCCGUCUACAGUCAUGCGUUGCCGAAAAUGCUGAGGGUUCAGAAGGUGUGUGGGAGAAGCACAGGAGGUGCAUCUGUUCCACUCUAUGUGAAACUUCAGGGGGCAGCGCUGUGUGGGAAACCCCAGUACCACCACAACGAUGGCGGCACCUUGUCAAGACACGACUCCCAUCUCAUUUCUCCUGUGAACAACAUGAGACUUUCAGAUCAUAGGGACUUCGAAGAAGCUCUAACUAAAGAGGAAUCUUCAGAAGACAGAUUUGACCACACUGUCUCCUCUCCCACACCAACGCCAGAAUACUCUGCAACUGUCUGGGCAUUCGCUCCUUUGAGCGGCCUUCUGCUCCUGUGGCCAGAUGGCUCAAUCUUCAGCAUUCACAACCAUCUGGCCCUCAGAUUGUUUGGGUACAGCAAGGACGAGCUUCUAGGAAAGAGUGCCGCUUUUCUGAUGCCCGGUUUCUAUAAAUGGAUGACUGGCCCAGACAAAAAGGCUGACACUGUUUCUGGCACUCACAUAGAGCUGGAUAAAAGUCCAGCCAUGUCCAAAAUAUCAGAAAAUUAUGAUCCUUCGUCCUUGGUGGCUGGAGACAUGGGAAUGGUGCAGCAGGCUAUCCUGAAAAGAAGUUCCACAGGAAGAGGCAGGAUCUUUACUGGAACCAGCUCCAGGCUGGAGAAUCAAGGCAGUGCCAUGUCGACAUUUUCUCUUCCUGCAGUUACCUCCACACAUUUGGUCAUGGCCAAUGAUACCGCAGAGCUGAUUGAGGAAGCAGCCCGGGCGGCUCCCGGCAGUAAGCCGCUGGAUAGUGCGGAUACCACCCAAGCUCUCCUUAAGACAUUCGCCUGGGUGGAAACUCCAGAUGAAGACACCUGCUGCUUGAUUUCCACUGAGUCAUCCAACCAGAACAGAGAUAAGCAGCUGCUCAAUGUGAUUCAACAAAAUAUUGCACCUGCAAUCAAGAUUACACCAGAUACACCUAUAGAGGAUGAGAGAGCAGGCGGCAGCUGUGAUGAGGCGAGAAAAGAUCAACGCUCAUGUGCAGCGGUCCUCCAAGAGUCGAGCUUUGAGAUCAUUUCAUUGGACAGCAGAUCAUCAUCUGGUUUCUCUGACAAGUUUGCUGGCCGUCUUAGUCAUGAUGCUGCCCCGGUGAAUGAGUCUAAUUCAGCUCAUCUGUUGGACUCAGCCAGCUGCUUUGUGAACAUCGACUGCAACGGAGAUGCUGUGACCUGCGCUCUAGCAGAGCUGGAUCUGAGCGAUGACGUGGAGGUUCUCAGCAUCCGAGACUACGUCGGUAGUUACCUUUGCUCUGUGGCACCCUGUGAUACAGCCGAGCUUACUACGGACGCCCUCUCCAGGUGUGGCAGAAUCGGACCAGAAAGUGGAGACCGCUGGUGCUGCGGUGAAGGCCGAGCUUGGUUUGAGCGAAGAGCAGGAUCAGUGGGGAGCGCUCUCUUUGAUUCAUAAAGGAAAGAGCCAAGAGUGUGCAGUACAAACAAAUAGUUUGACCGACAUGCCUGCCACAUCAACACCAAAAAAACAGACAGUGAAUGGACAAGUCGUGACCUCAAAUACACAGAUAC